AAAAGCAAAGAACAAGAAAAGACCACAGAUGUGAAAGCAAUUAAAACUCCAAUACCAGUACAUUCCCCUCAAAGAAGCACUAGAAAUCAUGCCUUGCUGGAGGCUGCAGGACCAAGCCAUGUGGCAAUUAAUGCCAUCUCUGCCAACAUGGACUCUUUUUCUAGCAGUCGGACAGCUGCCCUUAAGAAGCAGCCAAGUCACAUGGAAGCUGCUCAUUUUGGAGACUUAGGCAGAUCGUGUCUGAAUUAUCAGGCUCAAGAGACCAAAUCAAGCCUUUCAAAGACCCUUGAACAAGUUCUGCAGGACAAUGUAGCCCUCCCUUAUUUUAUCCAGUUUAUGGAACUACGCAGAAUGGAACACUUGGUUAAGUUUUGGUUAGAGGCUGAAAGCUUUCACUCCACAACAUGGUCCCGUAUAAGAGCACAUAGCCUGAACACAGUUAAGCAGAGUUCCUUGGCAGAGCCAGUGUCACCCUCGAAACAGCAGGACAUUGCGUCAUCUUCUCCAACUGGAUUGCUUGAGGAGAGACUGGAGGAUUCUAGCACGGUCCGUCUGCUCAGGACCAAGCCAGUGGCUUCGGACAAGAACGACAGAACUAACAGCAGCCAGAAUCACGUGCUCUCUGCUCAGGAGGGUGAUAAUACCAGUGUUCUUUGUCUAAGAAAAUCUGAGGCAGGGACCCAUUCUGUUCCAGCUGAUCAGCAAGAAUCUUCCAUGCUUACCGUAUCAAAUAGAAACAGCCCCUCCUCUGCACUAAAAGACUUGUCAGGAAAACUCAUGAAAAGUAUAGAACGGGAUGCAGUUAGUACUUUUACCAAAUAUAUUUCUCCAGAUGCUGCUAAACCAAUACCUAUUACAGAAGCAAUGAGAAAUGACAUAGUUGCAAAGAUUUGUGGGGAAGAUGGACAAGUGGAUCCUAACUGUUUUGUUACAGCACAGUCAAUAGUGUUUAAUGCAAUGGAACAAGAGCACUUUAGUGAAUUUUUGCGAAGUCAUCAUUUCUGUAAAUACCAGAUUGAGGUGCUGACUAGUGGGACUGUUUAUCUGGCUGACAUACUUUUCUGUGAAUCAGCCUUGUUCUAUUUCUCUGAGUACAUGGAGAAGGAAGAUGCAGUUAACGUAUUGCAGUUCUGGCUGGCAGCAGAUAACUUCCAGUCACAGCUUGCUGCCAAAAAAGGCCAGUAUGAUGGGCAAGAAGCACAGAAUGAUGCCAUGAUUUUAUAUGACAAGUACUUCUCCCUUCAAGCCACGCAUCCUCUUGGGUUUGAUGACUCGGUGAGGUUAGAGAUUGAAUCCAACAUCUGCAGGGAAGGCGGUCCUCUCCCUAACUGUUUCACUACUCCCUUACGGCAGGCGUGGACUACCAUGGAGACGGUUUUUUUACCUGGUUUCUUGUCCAGCAACCUUUACUACAAAUACUUGAACGAUCUCAUCCAUUCAGUACGAGGAGAUGAAUUUCCAGGAGGGAAUAUUGCACUGAGUGUUCAUGGCCCCGGUAGCUCUCCCGAUGGUGAUUCUAUAGGGGGCCCGGAUGGCUCUGCCUCCCAGUCCAAUGUCAAAAAGGCUAAUGUUAAAAUCCUGAAAAAUUUUGAUGAAGCAAUAAUUGUAGAUGCUGCAAGUCUGGAUCCAGAAUCUUUAUAUCAACGAACAUAUGCAGGGAAGAUGACAUUUGGACGAGUCAGUGACCUGGGACAGUUUAUCAGAGAAUCUGAACCAGAGCCUGAUGUUAAAAAAUCAAAAGGGUCCAUGUUUUCACAAGCAAUGAAGAAAUGGGUUCAAGGAAACACAGAUGAGGCUCAAGAAGAGAUGGCUUGGAGGAUAGCAAAGAUGAUAGUCAAUGACGUUAUGCAGCAAGCGCAAUGUGAACAGCCUUCGGAGAAGGUUACGAAGCUAUGAUUUUAGAAAUGCCAGAACAGGAUAUCUGGUUUUCUGCUUCGAGAAUGAGUGAACUUUCCCUUUUGGUGGAUUCUUUAACACAGCCAAUAAAAACAAAGCACUGUUACUCCAACCGCCGAAAUCUCCCUCGUUUAUAAGGAAGAACUAAAAAGAAGCAAUCCUGUACCUCCACUGUAGAGUGUGAAGAAACACUUUUUCCUGUUGUAUGUGGCAUUCACAAUAAUGAUGGUUUUUAAGGAGAUGAAGAUGCAGUUUGCGGAUGUGUCACUGAGAAACUGUGAUCAACUUCACAAAUAUUUGACCCUGUCUCAAAAAGACUUUGAAGCAAAAUAUCUGGAAUGGGACACAAGCCACAACAGAGGGGAAGGUUUUGCUGUAGUUUCUAGUUCUACUACUUGUAAUUUUUAAACACAUAAUUGGAAAGGCCAUGGGGUGUGUCCC